UUUUUGUUUCAUUGACCACUCACGCAAACUAAUUUGCACGAGCUUUUGUGAUCGCACGUGGAUCGCUCACCAGAUUAAUUUACGUGAGCGAUUUAGCAGUAAAUUUCCCGACCAGGCCUGUACUUAGAUAUAUGUAGAAAAAUAUAAUUUUAAUGAUGUCAGCAAAAAGCCUGUCAUUAUGCAAAAAGAAUUUAAAUUUUAAAGUUCAGUGCAUGAUUAACUGAUAAUAAUUAAGUUACUGAUGUCAACUAAUGUAGUAACAGCAUGAAGGAGCUAAUUUGUCAACUAGGUAAUUGAACUUAAAAAAAUUCUAUUUGCAAAAGAGAUAUACACAGACACAGCAAAUUAAUAUAAGAGAUAUGCAAAAAUAUUUUCUUGUUUUUUGAUUCGUAUAUUCUCAUGAUAUUAUUUUUCUUAUGAUCUUGUUUUAGAAGAACAUAAAGGCAAAAUGUUUGACAAAGACUUUUUGGCAACAACGCCUAAAACAAGAUUGUGGGCUAUGGGAAGACAAAAUACAAUUUUGUUGGUCAUAUCAUCAGGCUUGUCAAUUAUUGGCAGCUUAAUAACUUUUAUCACAUAUGCUGCAUUUCGAGACAUACACACAACCUCUCGUCAUAUAAUUGUUUGCAUAAGCAUAGCUGAUUUUCUAACAGUCACUGCAAAUUUGGUUGGCUUGUUUUUUAUUCCGCCAAACACAGGAGUCGAUGUGCCAUGCCAAGUUCAAAGUUUUAUUGGCUCAACUUUUGUAUUGUCAUCAUUUUUAUGGACGGUUAUGUUGGGUGUUUAUUUGUAUAUCACUUUGGUUAAGGAAAAUCAAGAGUUAGCUGAAAAACUUGCCCGACCUUGGUUUCAUAUAUUAUGCUGGUUGUUACCCCUCCUUAUCAAUGUGGUGGCCAUCAAUCUUCAGGUGUUAGGAAACAGUAAAGAUGACACAUCAUCCGGCUGGUGCUGGAUUGAUCUUGAAACAGGCAAACGAGAUAAACAAAUCAUGUGGAUGAUAAUAGAUGGUAAAGGUAUUGAGAUAUUAUCCUAUGUGUUAUCACUAAUAUUGUACACAAAGAUAAAGUCACACAUACGAAAAAAGAUAAAGAAAUACGAGCGUGUGGAGAGCAGUUCAUCACAAUUUAGUCGUCAUCGUACUGUAAGUGCAGCAAAGAAUACCGACCGAAAGCUCAUAUUCAUUCCUAUUUGCUUGAUACUCUUACGAAUUUGGGGCACGAUACGUUUCUUUAUGUACGUUCAUGGGAAGGAUCACUACAGUUUAACAUUGGAUCACAUCCUUUUGUAUAUGCAGGCGAUUGGUGAUAACUUGCAAGGUGCUGUCAAUUGUGUUUUGUUUUGUUUUUUAACUCCAAAAGUGUUUAGUCACAUCAGGGAUAGUUUCAAAUAUUGCUGCAUGAGAGAGAAAACAGCUCUUCUAAAUACUGAAAUAGAAGCAAGCACAAUCUCUGAGGAUUGAUCAAAGCUGUUUCAGUGUGGAUUGAAUUUUUAAUACAAUAAUAUGAAAUAAUAAUAAUAAUAAUAAUAAUGGAAUCUUGUUUUAUUUUUUUAUUUUUUAUGCCUGCUCUACAUUUAAAUAUAUCAUUUUAUUCACAUCUUAUUAAAAACUAUGUUAAAAUUUUGUACAUUUUAAAUUGUUAUGUUAUUUUUAUCAGUUCCAUGUUA